UUGAUUGUUCUAGGUCGACAACAAUUCACAAUGUGGACACUUGUUGUUAUCACGAUGCUCAUGUUGGGUGUUGAUGCCAAGGGAAUCAAACUUCACCUCUCAGAUGAGAUGAAGUCCAUGUUGGAGAAAUCUAACUGGGACCACCAGGACACAGCUCUGUCCAUUCACGGUCCAAUGACUCUAGAUAUCCAGUCAAGCUUUAAACUAAAGAAGGGACAAGUCUUCCUUAAAUCACGGGUCCGUAGCAGAUACAAGGACUGUGCUGACAUAAAGAAACACAGACCGUCGAUUAGAGACGGGGUGUACACAAUUUACCCAACCCCGACGACAAAAAAGACAGCGUUCUGUGACAUGACCACUGAUGGAGGGGGGUGGACGGUAAUACAAAGGAGAAUAGACGGUAAAACAAACUUCUUCAGAAACUGGAAAGAUUACAAAAAUGGGUUUGGUCACGCUGAACACGAGUAUUGGUUGGGAAAUGACGCCAUUCAUGAAUUGACAAAAGAUAAGAAACAAAUUCUAAGAAUUGACUUGAUGAAAUUUUCGAGAGAAAAAGCUCACGCAUUAUAUUCAUCAUUUUUUGUGGAUAACGAGGCUAACAAAUACAAGCUGACCCUUGGGAGUUUUAACGGAACCAAGGGACUGGGAGAUAGUAUGCAGAAUUCCAACAACACAUAUUUUAGUACCAAAGAUAAGGAUCAUGAUCACUAUAAGGAAAAUUGUGCAGCAACCUUCAAUUCAGCAGGGUGGUUCAGUUCCACAUGUUUCUAUACCAAUUUGAAUGGAGAGUAUCGAAAAAACUCACGUGUCGAUGCAAAGGAAUUAUGUUGGUACCAUUGGGGAAACACUUGGAGGUCUCUGAAGUCAGCGAAAAUGAUGAUAAGGCAAUUGUAAAUAGACUUGUUGCGUCAAAUUAAUAAAGAAUUAAACCAA